AUGAUUGUCAUCAAACAAACCAAAUCAGUGCUAAACAAAGUGCUCCCAGAUGCUGUGAACCCAUUGCUGGGGACUGAUACAACUACCAAUUCCAACCCCAAUGUAGUAUCGCGAAGCAGAGCAUACCUGUCUUCUAAUCAUACGAAUGAUCUACACCGCAAUGGUAGUUUAGGACGCAAGAACAGCAUAUCCAAACUGAAAAGUCAUAGUAAUCAUCAUCAACAGCAUCACCCUCUUCGCCAGGAAGCUAAUGCUAUUGUCAACAAAGCCAAGGUUACAGAUCAAGAAACCAAGUCUCGGGAAAAGGAUGAAGUGAUACUACACUCGAAAAACAGCAGCUUCAGACAGCAAGAGCUAAACUCAUUUGAAUGGCUAUUGAUAUGUAUCAUAAUAUUGCUACUUUUCAUUAUGUACAUGGUUACUUGA